AUGCCUGGCAGUGGAAAGAGUCAGUUCCAGGAGCCUCAAGAAUGCCCUGAGGCUCAAAAAGAGGCUCCAGGCCCGGUAGCUGCACAGGUUCCUGUAACUGAGGAGGAAGAUUCCUCCUCCUCUCUUUCUCCUUUGAUCCCGGAGACCACAAAGAUUGUGCUUGCUGCUGGAAUAUCAAGUGUUCCCCAGACUUCCCAGGGAGCCUGCUCCUUCCCCCCUGCCACUGAAGCCAUUCCAUCAGGCAAAUCAAAUGAGGGCUCCAGCAGGCAAGAGGGUCCAAGCACCUCACCGGCUCCACCAAAUCCGGAGUCCCUGUGCACAGGAGGGCUGCAAAAGAAGGUGGCUGAAUUGGUGAAAUACCUGAGUAUCAAGUAUGUAUCACAGGAGCCUAUCACAGAGGCAGAAAUACUGGAGAAUGUCAUGAAAGAGCACAAGGAUCACUUCCCUGACAUCUUCAAGAAAGUCUGUGAGUGCAUGGCAGUUGUUUUUGGCAUUGAAGUGAAGGAAGUGGACCCCACCAGCCACACCUAUGUGCUUGUCAAAAUACUAGACCUCACCUAUGAUGGGAUAGUUAGUGAUGACCAGGGCAUGCCCAAGACUGGCUUCCUGAUACUGAUCUUGGGCAUAAUCUUUAUGGAGGGUAACCGUGCCCCAGAAGAGAGAAUCUGGGAAGUGCUGAAUAUGAUUGGGGUGUAUGCUGGGAGGGAGGAUUUCAUCUAUGGGGAACCCAGGAAACUCAUUACCAAAGAUUUAGUGCAGGAAAAGUACCUGGAGUGCCAGCAGGUACCCAACAGUGAUCCUCCACGCUACGAGUUCCUGUGGGGUCCAAGAGCCUAUGCUGAAACCACCAAGAUGAAAGUCCUUGAGUUUUUCACCAGGGUCACUGGGACUGACCCCACUGCCUUCCCACGCUGGUAUGAGGAUGCUUUGAAAGAUGAGAGACAGCGAGCUGAGGCCAGUGCUGCCACCGGUGGUGGUACUACCACAAUAGCUAGUGAAAGUUCCAGUAUCAUGUCCAGCAGCUUCAGUCCUGAGUAA